AUGCCCCCCAAGGGUAUUGUUGCAGAGGGCAUUUCUCUUUAUUUCAAGUACUGUCACAAACAACCUCUAUGGCUUUUUGACCCUGAUGAACUCUCUAUCCCGGAAGCCUGCCGCAGCGAGGUUAUAUUCGGUAUCCUCAGUCUCGCUCUGCGAUACUCGAACAAUCCGUUCCUGGAAGGGCGAACUGAUCAGAUGUGUCGGCAUUACGCUGAAGCUGCGCGUAGCUAUGUCAUGUUUCGAAUUGCUCAGGGCACUGUGGACCUAUCAACUAUUAAGAGUUUGUGCCUUAUCACACUGGCUGAAUAUAUCGCGAAUGACACACAUCUUGUCUGGCUUCAUAUCGGCCUUGCUGCAAACCUCGUUCAGUGCGCGGGCAUUGACAUAGAAAGGCACGAGGGUGAGCUAGACCUUGCACUAGAAGCGCAAAGAAGGGUCUUCUGGAGCAUCCAUCUUCUUAAGCAGCAUUACGCCCCGCACAGUAUGCAAUUGAAUAUGCUAGGGGAUAUUCACAGGCCAAAAUAUAUGGCUGUCAACGUCGACUCGCCACGGGAAAUGGGCAUGAAGCCACCACAAACACCCCAAGAAAACGGCGUCUUCACAUCUCGAGGAGGGAUUUGGGUGUAUAUGGUGCAACUGGCUACACUUUGGAGUGAAGUCCAACAAUACGUUUCGCAUUGUGCUAGUGGAUACUCCACGCCUCCGUGGUCAGUGGAGUCUGGCUACUCUAUUAUUGGGGCCCACCUAAUGGAUAUGGAGACCAAAUUACCCACUUGUCAUCGAUAUGAUUCGGUGAGAUUUCAAGAUAAAUCGCGAGAAGAAUUAAAUCGUGACCGAGGGUUCUGGAGCCCCUGGCUUUAUCUCCAGUUCACCUACCAUGCUGUGCACAGUGUGCUCAAUCACCCAUUCCUUUACUCAUGGCGCCCGCAACAGUCUUCUCAACUGGCUGUGCCAAAUACUUUUUGGAAGACAUCCUCUGAGCUGGCCUUGAUCCACACUACAUGGACCGUUCGACUAAUCACUCUGAUAAACGAAAAGGAAUACGAAGUUUCCGAUCCUUUCCUUUGCCACGCGGUGGCUAUCGCAGCUACAAUCCACCUUUAUUAUUGCUGUGCCGCAGAUCAAGGCAUGAGAGAUUCCGCCCAGCGAAAACUAGAAACCUGCACACGAUUUCUUAGUGAUCUAGCUUCAAAAUGGCCACGGUGCCAGGCACUACAUCAAAAAGUCCAAGAUCUCAUUCAGUCAGCAUUCGCCGUCAGUCCUCGCUCAAGCCAUCACCGCCAAACCAGACGAACAUUAUCUAUCGACACAGCCUUAAUGUGGGAUAUCCUCUGCCACAGUUCCAGCAAAGCCUCAUUCGAUCCUCCAGGAGAUGGUCUCUUCGAUGCCUCAUUCACACCACCCCCAUCUAAAACACUUGAUAGAGUGACUGUCGAAACCGAAAUCUUCCAUCACUCUGCUAGGGCAGUGGAUACAUCUGAUGGAGGCCAAGCAUUACCGCCAUACUCUAGCACAUUGAGAGAUCGAGCAGCUUCUGAGAAUUCCGAUAAUGACUGGACAAGAAGUAACCUGGUUUCUGUUGAUAAUGGCUCAAACCAUCAUCUUCGAGAACCGCUGGGAUGGGCGGGGCCGGGGAUUUCGACUGACCUGUCUUUUAUGGAUAUUACGCACGAUCCUUUCUUUCAGUUUCAAGAUAGUGAGAACCCUUACCAGGGUGUUUGGGAGGUAGGAAAUUUGUAG